UUGAGGAUCUGAAUUGACUUUGCGAUGCAGGGAAAAUCUGCAACUGUGCCCCCAAUCAACGAACUGACAGUAGCUCUGAAAAACCAUGACCUGUUUGUUUAUAUGGGUCAUGGAAGCGGAAUGCAAUAUAUGCCCGGAAGCAAGAUUCAAGAACUUGACAGUUGUGCUGCUACUCUACUGAUGGGAUGCAGUAGCGGUUCUCUAUCCUUGAAAGGAUGCUAUGCCCCACGAGGAGCUCCCAUCUCGUAUUUGUUGGCCGGUUCUCCUGUUAUUGUGGCUAAUUUGUGGGAGGUAACUGACAAGGACAUCGACAGAUUUGGUAAGGCCGUGCUUAAUGCUUGGUUGAGAGAGAGGAAAGAAGCUCCUCCAGAUUGUGCUCAAUGUAAUGUGCAUGUAAAGAAAUACGAGUCUAUAGAUCGUUGUACUCACAGACCCAGAAUUGGAUCGUUCAUGGGUCAAGCUCGAGAUGCUUGUACCCUCCCUUUUCUCAUUGGUGCUUCACCAGUUUGCUAUGGUGUUCCUACCGGUAUAAUGAGAAAGAAAAAUGUAUAACAUGAUUAUUUUGUAAAUAAAGUUUGUAAUUUGUUUCUUGCACUUGAAAAUAGAAAAGAAUAAUGUAUACAAACUGUAAUUUGUUUGUUGUAUCCUUCACAUUCUUGAGCCA